AGUGUUUGAUGGCAGUGAACUCAUUGUACAGUAGUCCAUCACGCAUCUGACCUGCUCCUGCUCUCCUCAUGCUGGGAAGAUUUAUACAAAGCUUCAUCGCACACAGCAUUCAGGAGUCCACAGUUCAGACAGAGUUCAACAUAACAAGAUUGUCUGAUCCUCCGUAUCAACAAAACCAAAUUAAAGCCCUCUCAGUCUGUCAGUAUGAAGGUGUUAGAGGUGGGAGACUCAGUGAGUCAGUUCAGGUUGGCUGAGUCAUGUGUGGGGCUGGCAGGGUGUCUGUGUGUGGCCUACUCUGUUUGGACCCCUCGCUGGCUCAAUGACCAGGGACUGUGGUCUAUAGGCAACAACAGCACCAACACAGACAGUGAUGGUGACCAGACUGGGGACAUCAUCUUUAACGCCCUGGAGGCAGAGCAAGUGUUUGGGGUGCUGUCAUUCCUCAUGGCUGUGAAUUCAGGGGCUCUGUGCCUCGUGUUCGCCCUCUGCUGGACAUCCCAGACAGUGCGCUCUUACUCCAACACCCGCUCCCUCCUCAUGGCAGGCCAGGCCCUCUACCCCACCGUCUUGCUGCUCCUCACUCUGGGACCCACAGGAUUCUUCUUCCUCCUCAGCUGGUCCCUCUUCACCUACCAGCACCGGGUGGAGAUCAGCGAUGACUUCACAUGCCUGGGCUCCUCCUUUUGGCUGGGUACCCUGGGCUGGGCCCUGCUAUUGGUUGCUCUGCCUGUGGUCUUCCUGGUGGAGCAGUGUGUGGUCCCGGACAUCCUGCCAGAUCUCAUGAAGGCUGCCGAUGGGUGGCGGGGCGCCUCCCAGGAACCGUACGCCCAGCGCUCGUUCAUCGUGAGUCACCAGCGUUGUCAUGAAGACCAGAGUGAUGAAGACAUUGCGAGAGGGCUGAGGAGGUACAUGUCUGUACUCUGAGAGGAGGAAUAGAGAGGACAAAGGACAGUGAUGGAGUAUUAGUGUAACCUUCUUCAGGCUCAGAGACUGAGCUGACUGCAGAAUGGGACUGGACUGGGCACACAGCUGAUAGGGGUCCAUGUUCACACUAGCAGUUCACCAGGGAGAGGAGCUUCUAGUCUGUGUCUGUAUCAGAGAUUUCUCCACUGUAGGAGAAUGUUUACAGACACACUCUGAGAAUAUGUAAUAUUUAGACUAAUCAAAUCCAAUUUCAUUGGUUGUGCACACACAUAUUUUGCAGAUGUUAUCGCAGAUGCAGCGAAAUGCUUAACAUAAUGUGCCAUUGGAACACAGGAGUGAUGUUUGUUGAUAAUGGGCCUCUGUACGCCUAUGUAGAUAUUCCAUCAAAAA